AUGUUCCUCACUGUGUACCUCAGCAACAAUGACCAGCACUUCAGCGAGGUCCCCAUCACGCCGGAGACGCUGUGCAGAGAUGUCGUGGAGCUCUGCAAGGAGCCAGGAGAAGCCGACUGCUACCUGGCCGAGACGUGGAGAGGCUCCGAGCGCGUUGUUGGGGAAGGGGAGCGGAUGCUGGAGGUGUUGCAGAGAUGGGGGCAGCAGAGAGGAGAGGUCCGUUACAUCCUGAGACACCAGAGAGCACCGGGACGAGAGACAGGUGGAUCCAGAGCUGCAGAUCACAUGAUGAAGAGGAACCAGGUGAAGACGUCACUGGAGAACGGGCUCUCGGCGCCUCACCUGGACGUGACGCUGAGCGAGCUGCAGGAUCUGGCAGCUCGACAGCAGCAGCAGAUCAACGCCCAGCAGCAGCUGCUCGCCUCCAAGGAGCAGCGUCUGCGCUACCUGAAGCUGCAGGACCAGCGGCAGCAGCAGCAGCAGGAAGCGUCCGAACAGGAGCGGCUGCGGCAGCUCCGAGAGAACGCUCACAACCAGGAGGCCAAGCUGAGGCGAGUCCGGGCCCUCAGGAGUCAGGUGGAGCAGAAACGCCUCAGUAACAGCAAACUAGUGGAGGAGAUCGAGCAGAUGACCGGCCUCUUCCAGCAGAAGCAGAGGGAGCUGAUGGUCGCCGUGACGAGAGUGGACGAGCUGAGCGACCAGCUGGAGGCGCUGAGGAGCAACAGACUGGAGCCUCCUCUUCCUCUACCUCACCUCCACAACACCACCUCCUCCUCAGCGGAUCUGGACCGCCUCUACAAAGAGCUGCAGCUGAGGAACAAGCUGAACCAGGAUCAGAGCACCCGGCUGCAGCAUCAGAGAGACAGCCUGAACAAGAGGAACCUGGAGGUGGCGGCGAUGGACCGACGGCUAGCUGAGCUACGACAGCGGCUCUGGAAGAAGAAGGCUGCCCUGCAGCAGAAGGAGAACCAGCCGGUGGUGUCAGACAGCAUUGCCCCGCAGCAUGGUGUGGGCUCCAGAGUGGCGGCGGUGGGGCCGUACAUGCAGUCCUCCUCCACAACAAGCCCUCAGGGGCCUCCGGUGCCGGCACGCCAGGAGGCUCUGGUGAAGCCGGCGUACCCGGACGGCACGGCCACCCUGCCGAUGCCCGACUCGUCCCUGAAGCCGCCUCCCAGACCCGCCAAACCAGCCUCAGGUUUCAGCACAUCGAAAAUAUCUAAACUCUCUGAUUGGAGCAGCUCAUUUUCUGAAUCCAGUGGAGGUUACAGCCACGCCUCCCUGCCGCGCAUGUCCAGCCUCGGCUGCCACAACUCAGGUCCUGGGUCCGACAUCCCGCCCCCUGUCCCCUCACGGAACAAUCACAUGACUGAGAACCUGCUCAGGGACAAUCAGGCUUCAGGUAAAGGUCUGGCUAAGAUGGCGGGGCCGCCUCCAGUCCCCAGUAAACCCAAACCGUUCUCCUCAUCCGGCCCGCCGACCCUCUCCAAGCCCCCCUACAGCACCGGGACCUUCCCUGGUAAAGUGCGUCCGGUUGGAGGCCACCUCAGGGCUCCGGGGCCCCUCUCCAGCCACAGCCACACCCUCCCACUGCCCCACAAGCAGGAGAACCCGCCGGCCGCCGCCGUGCGACCUUACACCCCCGACCCCUCGGACCCCCCCCCUCCAGUGCUGCAGAAGCCUCAGACUGUGGCGGCUUCAUCCAUCUACUCCAUGUACACCAAGCAGAGCACACCGGGGAAGUGCUACCAGGGCCAGGGUACACUGACCCGCAGCCAGCCCCGAGUUUAUGGGAAACCCGUCCUCCCAGCCAACGGGGGGCAACAGUCUGUCGGCUCAGACAGCACCGCUACGAAUUCUGGGUCUUGUGUGAUGAACGGGAGCGAGUUUGACACCAGUUGCCUUGGUAACAGCGAAAGUGUCCCAGCGGAGACGUCAGAGCGCACCAACCCCCGUCCGCUCAGCCCCACCAAGCUCCUCCCCUUCCUGUCCAACCCUCACAGGAACCCAAGCGAUGCCGACUUGGAGGCCCUGCGUCGCAGGCUGCACCAUGCCCCCCGACCCCUGAAAAAACGCAGCUCCAUCACGGAGCCCGAGGGGCCGGCGGGCCCCAACAUCCAGAAGCUGCUCUACCAGAAGACCACUCUGGCUGCCAUGGAAACCAUCCCCAUGGAGACAGUCGGUCCAGGGGGGACGUACACCCAACCUGCAGCCGCCGAGGACGGGAUCGAUGGGUUGGACGUCCACACCGCCGGACCCGGAUUGACCCAGCUGCUCACUGAGAGCCCUGAGGACAGCCUGACUCCGCCCCCUCUGCCCCCCCGCUCAGCCAUCCCUGACCCCGCCUCCUCCUGCAUCCUGCCCCCCCCUCUGGAGGACAAGGACGAAGAGGAGGAGGAGGUGUGUCGGGUCACCUCGCUGCUUCAGGAACGCUUUGCAGACGAGUACCCCCCCUACCCGCCUCCACCUUACCCCACCUGUGGGGAGACGGAGCAAGGAGACGACGCCUUCAACCUUCAGCCGCCAGAGUUCACCGGACAGGUCACGGUGCCGCCGGGUAAGAGGUCGAUCCUUCGUAAGGUUGGCUCUGAGCGGAUCGACCACAGCAUGCGGGUCAAGUUCAACCCUCUGGCUCUGCUGCUGGACUCAUCUCUGGAGGGCGAGUACGACCUCGUCCAGAGGGUCAUCUAUGAUGUGGACGAUCCCAGCAUGCCGAACGACGAGGGCAUCACUGCACUGCACAAUGCCGUCUGUGCCGGCCACACCGAGAUCGUCAAGUUUCUGGUUCAGUAUGGUGUCAAUGUCAACGCUGCUGACAGCGAUGGCUGGACUCCUCUCCACUGCGCUGCCUCAUGUAACAACGUUCAGGUUUGUAAGUUCUUGGUGGAGUCGGGGGCGGCCGUGUUCGCCACCACCUACAGCGACAUGCAGACGGCUGCCGACAAGUGUGAGGAGAUGGAGGACGGCUACGCCCAGUGCUCCCAGUUCCUCUAUGGUGUUCAGGAGAAGAUGGGCGUGAUGAACCGCGGUGUGGUGUACGCUCUGUGGGAUUACGAACCACAGGGCGACGACGAGCUCGGCUUCAUCGAGGGUGACUGCAUGACGGUGCUGAGACGGGAGGAUGAGGUGGAAACGGAGUGGUGGUGGGCGCGAUGUGGCGACCACGAGGGUUACAUCCCUCGCAACCUGGUGGGGCUGUAUCUGAGGAUCAAGCCGCGGCAGAGGACCCUGGCUUAA